CAUUUGUCAACCAUAGCUCUUAGCGACAGAAUUAGAAUUCGUUUGAAAGAGUGUUAUGAUGGAGUGAACAGAUGUAAACAUUUAAAUGAAGAAAAUAUUGCAAAAGUAAUCGAAAAUAUUGGUUUGGUGGAGAAAGGAUUGGAAACUUUUGGGAUGGAAUGUCGAAAUAUUGGAAUUAUCAUUUCAUCUCUGAUAAUUUGUUUUUAUCAUGAAGUUCAUCUAUCAUUGGUCAUAUUGAGUGUUGCACCAUUGGUCAUAGCAUUGAAUAUAGUUUCAAAAAGACUUUCAAAGAAAUCAAAUGUCAUUUUAUCCGACAAAAUUUCCCAAACAAUUCAAAUGGAAAAAGAAUUAUUACUACAAAAAACUUCCAUUGAUAAUAUUACAAACGAUGAAUAUUUGAUAAGAUUAUCAUCGGAAGUGAGAACCUGUACUCGAUAUGCUAUCUUACAUCAAGUCUGGAAAAGCUCCUAUUCCGGAAUCCUAUCAUUCACAAUUUUCACAUUUAUUGGUUGUGGAAUACUUUAUGGUGGUUAUCUUCUUGAUACGAAUCGAAUGAUAAAGAAAGGCGAUAUAUUUAUCAUAGUAUUAUCAAUGGUACUCGUUGCAGAUAGUAUUUCUACAACUAUUACAUAUUAUUUCCAUAUUAAAAAGGCUAUCCAUGCAGCAUCGUAUAUUAGGAAUUUUCAACAAUUUGAUUAUCAAUUUAUGCUAACCCAAUAUUGCAAUCGAUGUUAUUCGUUGGAUGAAUUAACCGUAACACUAAUCAACGCUCCAGCAUUCAAGAAAUCGAUCGUUUUUCCAGGAGGAAAUUUUGUCAUACGUUUCAUAAGUGACACCAGAAGUGUUUUACGUAAUUAUCAUAAUCAUAAAUUGUUUCUCCUUAUUGGUUUCAUCCUGGUCAUAAUACAUGGAUUCGAACAAGCGGCAUACAAUAUUGUUAUAGGACAAAUUUUCACGGCAAUGCUUGGUGACACUCCAAGCAUUCAUGUCUUAACUCUUUGCGCCAUUCAAUUAUCUAUUAUUGGUUUCGCCGUUUUCAUAUCACAAACUACAUCAACUUUGUUAAUAGCUGUAACAUCGGAACAUAUGGCUGUGUCAUUUCGUGUCAUUUUGUUUCGUCAUUUAUUAAAAAUAGCUGAUAAGAAGCCAUUCAAUAAAUGGAAAAUCAACACUUUGGUAGAUGAAAAUAUUUUAUUAACAACUGAAGCAAAAUCGUUUUAUCAUCCGCAUUUAUCAGAAUUGAUAAGACGCAUGUCAUCAAUGAUAACAAACAUCAUUCUUGGUUUCAUUUACAGCUGGGAAAUAGCCUUGCUUGGACUUAUUUUCAUUAUUUUAUGCCUUUUUAUGCAAAUCAAAUUGAAAUUCAAAGUAUUGACUUAUUGCUACAAAUGUACCAAUGAUCAACAUAUUCAGAAAAACACCAACCUAAUGGAAUCAUAUAGCUGUUCUAUAUUUCGAGCAAUAAAUUUCUCAAUUGUGAAAAUAUUUGGAUUUGCAUUGAAAACCAUAUGCUAUACAUUGACCGCAUUUAUUUGCUAUCAUGAAUACAAACAUCAGACACAAGCAUUUAUGAGUGUAAUUACACUAUUUGCUGCAAGUCACGAAGUUGUACAAUUGCCAAGUCUUAUAGGAAAACUUUAUAAAUCAUGGCAAGCAAUGAAUCGAAUAUUCGUUUGCAUGCAUAGUAAAUCAUGCAGAAGUUGUAUGCCAUCCAUUUCAAGAAAUAUUAGAUUAUCAGGCACACAAAAAUGCAAUUCUAAAUCGAUGCGUCACAUCACUAAAAACACAUUUCUAUUUUUACCAGAACUAGAUCUUACUUGUUUCUUCCAAAGAUAUAAGAUAAGGGUAAAAAUACAUGCUACAGAGGCACAAACUACGAAAUGCCGGAAGACUAUGUCUAUCGGAAUUUGGAAUCCAGAAAAUUAG